GCAAGACGUAAACAAGGAAGAGAAUCGAAUCGAAGCGCCGAGAGAACAGAGAUUCGUUUUGAGUUUAUUAAAAGUAAAUUCAGCUCAGUUGAAGUUUAGUUUUUUACGCGUUUAUUGUAUCCCGUCAUGUUGAAAACGUAUCAUAGUCAUAAACACUUUUAGCGAAUGAAUGGCGAAUUAUUGCUAGAAUGGAACCCAAACACAGACAGAUACUUCAGCGGCACAGGCGUGAUCUAGUCACGGCAUUAAAUCCUGCAGACAUCUGCGAUGGGCUUUUGUCAAAGGGGGUCUUCACCCAGGACAUGAUUGAUGAAAUACAGAGCAAGAUAACAAGACGUGACCAAGCCAGGCAACUGGUGAUAAGCUUAGAGAUGAGAGGGAGUCAGGUUUUCCCAGCCUUCCUGGAGUGUCUGCGUGAAACCAGCCAACAUGACCUCGCAGAGCUCCUUCAGUGUGGAGAUGGUGUGUGUCUGCCCACUUCUGUCCCCGUACAGCCUUCACUGAUCCCUCUGCCAGUCCAGAAUCCAAAAUAUACUGAAAAACCAGACAGAUUUGAUUUUACUCCACCACGGUUAGUACCACUGAGACCAGAAAGCCUGCCUGUGCCCAAGCCUCUUAGCCCAUCUUCUGAAACUCAAGGGGUGAGACCAACCAGGACAAGACGUGACAGUAUACAGUGCUAUAAGAUGGAUGCCAGUCCAUGUGGGAUCUGCCUGAUUAUAAACAAUGUAGAUUUUGACCCAGCCUCUGAUCUAAAAGAUCGAAAGGGGUCCAACAUUGACUGCGACAAGCUGGAGAAAAGAUUUAAGGCUCUCAACUUUGAGGUUAUUGUAAAAAGGAACUUGAAAUACAAACUCAUAAGACAAGAGAUGGCAUUUAUAGCAAAGAGGGAUCAUUCCGCGUAUGACUGCUGUGUGGUGAUCAUCCUUUCACAUGGUACUGAGGCAAACCACAAUUGUUUUCCUGGAGCAGUUCAUGGUGUUGAUGGACCAUCUGUCCCAGUUCAGUUAAUCACAAACUACCUCAACGGCCAGAACUGUCCUUCUCUGCAGGGCAAGCCCAAGCUGUUCUUCAUCCAGGCCUGUGGCGGAGGUGAGAAGGACACAGGUUUUGAGGUUUCUCCAGAUGAGGUGGAGCCCUUUUUGGGUGGGAUAGAUGACCAGAUGGACGCUAUUCCCAUAUCCUCCAGCAGUGACUCUCUCAGCACGUCUGAUGAACUUGAUGCUCGGGCCACUUUGCCCACACCCAGCGACAUCCUGGUGUCCUACUCAACCUUUCCAGGCUAUGUCUCCUGGAGGGACACGCAGGCCGGAUCCUGGUAUGUGGAGAAUCUUGAUCGUGUGCUUGAGGAGAAUGCUGCCACAGGUGAUCUGGGGACCAUGCUGAUGAUGGUAAACCAUGCGGUCUCCCAAAUAUCUGCCAAAGGCCUGUAUAAACAAAUGCCCGGAUCUUUCAACUUCCUCCGAAAACUUCUCUACUUUCAGUCUUCACAGUCAUGAUCACUUGAA